UUUCACUUUCCAUUUCUUGAGAACCGAGAAUAAUCUCUCUCAGAUUUGCAAGCAAUAGUUCGUCAUUUUGCUCUGAUAACAUAUCUCGUUUCAUAUUUGAAUAUAGGACAAACGCACACAAAAGAAAGAUAAAUAACAAGGAUGGCGAAGGAAGGUGGAACGGUCAGAGUGUGUGGGUUACCCCUAGAUAUCAGUAAAAACAGACUGAUCGACAAGUUCCACAUUCAUUUCCUGAGGAAGAGGAAUGGAGGAGGGGACAUUUCAUCUGUCACGGUCUCCAAGACAACGCCUGGCUCUGCCUUCAUUACCUUUGAGGACAGUGAAGUGGCUCGGAGAGUGGCUGAACAUCAGAAUCACACAUUAUCAGUGAAUGACAAGCAAUAUGAGCUAAGUGUGAGUUUGCACAGCAAAGAAAUGGACCCAGAUGAGCUCUUUGUGGAGACAGCUGUGACAGUGGACUACAGCAAAUUGAAUGGGGGAAAAACAUCGAUAUCUGACAUCCUCAAAAAUGCCUGCGACAUAAAAUGCACCUUUCACGUUCAUGCUGACCUCUGCACUUUCAAAGGUCGCUACACAGAAGUCCAAAUCCUGACCAAGUGUCUGCUGAGACUUUUCAAUUCACAGACCUCAAAAGAUGUCCAUUCCCUUAAAGCUGAGGCCACCAAGGAUGACAAAAGAUACAACUAUGCUCAUAGACAAACAGAAAGACAGCAGGACACUGACACCCCAGGACAGGCCAACGGACAGGAUCUGGGGAAAUGUUCCAGUAGAGCCUCUGAGAGUAAUCGUGCCCUUCUUCAAGAAUCUUACACCAAUGAUAGAAAGGGGGCGGAUGCAUUGUACACAUCAUACACCAAUCAUAGAGAGGGGGCGGGGGCAUUGCAUACAUCUUACAUCAAUGACAUAGAGGAUGCAGUGGCAUUAGAGAAGGGAACCUUAACGGAGGACUUCUCAAUGGUCAUAGACUCAGACAUCUUCCGAUACCUCCGAAAGCACUGCUCGGCUGAGUACCAGAACAUCCUCGACAGGCAUGGAGUAGAGAUACUGGACGUCACCACCAGGGAUAUCACCACCCUCUAUCUGCAGCUUAAGACUGGGGCCACUGGGCGAGGGGUGGAGCGUCUAAGGCUUGCGCAUGGGGAGCUGGGCUGGCUGUACCAAGACAAAGAGGCCCAACUUCGCAAGGAGCAGUUGGUUAAGGAAAGCUUCCCCAGGUUGGGGCUCCAGCAGGCUUUUAAAGCCUUAACGCAGAGAUUCACAAAGCUGCUGAUCAAUGAAGACAACUCCAAUGUCUAUCUGGUGGGCAGUGGAAGUGACGUGUCGGAGGCCAAGCAGUUCCUAAUGGACACGCAAGGGACAACAAAGGAGCACGGUCAAUAG